UCCCUACGUACUUUACAACAGUGAUACCAGGGAAAAACGCAUUAAAACAAAAAAACAGUAUAGCAGGAAAUAGAAGAACGACUUUACACUUUAAACAGUUCUAAUAAAGAAAUGACAUAAUAUAACCAAUGACAAAGAUAGAAUAAAAACGAAAGAACGAAAACAUCUUUGCAUAAAAAAAUAUAUAUAUAUUUCUUGGUUCUGUAAAUGAAACCGCAUAAUUAAAGGAGGUGAUCUGCCCCCCGCCCCUGAAAACGCCCAAGUAAACAAACCCACCCCCUCCUCAGGAGGGGGGGAUAUUUCCCUGGAAAGAAAAACUCCCUCUGUUCAGAAUGAGUCACACACGAUUUCCGUGGAACUGUGAUCAAACAUGAAGUAUACCCAGGCGCCCUUUAGACAGAAGCCAUUUUGUUCCGUGCCAGGUUAAGUAACACUUAUCUUUUAGAAGUUGCUGGCACUUGGCACUUCAUGAAGGCGAGUCUUUAAAGUGUUAAGACUCUGGUAAUAACUGCCGUUAACAUGUCGAGUGGCACUUAAGUCUAAAAAAAAAAAAAUGGACAUUGGUCGGGCAGUCAUCAUCCCAGCGGUAGAUUCUGAAGACGGUGGAGGAGUCGUGGAAGGAGGAAGAAGAAGCCGAGGUGGGAGAGAGAGCGUUCUUGGAGUAGCAGGAGGAGGAGGAGGAGGAGGUAUGAGAGGGAGCGGAAGAGGAGGUGGAGGGGGAGGAAGUGGAGGAGGAGGAGGAGGAAGUCAAGGGCCAGGUGUAAGCGUCUCGGCAACCGUAGAUCGAAACCGCGCCAGUGGUGUGAACAGCGCCGUCAGCAUCAUGGGCUGGAACGGCUUCAGCGAGAUGGCCUGGAAGCGCAGACACGCUAACGACCCGGCCAUGAUGCGAGAGCUGCGGCGCUACCAGAAGCUCAUGCUACUGACGCUGCUGCCGGCGAUCACCGGAAGCGGGGCGGGGAGGUGGGGCCCGGCGGCGCGAACCAGCAACCGAACUUCCACCCGCAGGCCCACGCCUCGUACUACCAGAACUCCAACUCAGACCCUACUUCGGAGGAGAACUCCCCUAGGGGAGGCCACCAGCUCUCCCACAGAUUCCACGAAGGAACCUGACGAAGACGACGACGACGACGACAACGCCGCGACCGCCUUCCUAAACCGAGCCCACGGACGCCAUCGUAGGCGUAGUCCCGCAGAGGACAUCAGCCCCCUGGCGGAGAAGAGAACUGGAGCUCCUUGGGCUCGUGGGGGGAGCCACCCGAGUUCGAGCUCGUCCAACGAAGGCACCCACUUGCCCCUGACGGUAUACAACCCCCUGAACAUGUCCCCCAAGAGGAGGGGAAGGAGAAAAAGCCGCGACGACAACCCCCGGAGAAAAAGCCACAGGGGCAGAGACGCGGAACUAGACUACAGGAGGGACGUGGUGGAGGUUGGCAGCUACGGAGAUUCACCUGGAGAUGGGUCUAGCGCGAACGACAGCGCAGGAGGAGGAAGCGGGGGAGGGGGAGACUUUGACCUCCUGACGCUGGCAGCGCUCUACCUAGAGAGCCGACAGCGCAUCUUCGGGAAGGAGUGGCAUUACAGGCCGGAGAGCCAAGUUAAUACCAGGCCGACGGGACAAGUGGGGUCUACUGGAAUUUCCAGACCUCGUCGACUCACGCCACUUUCCCCGAACACGAGGGCUCCCAUCGCCAAAGACAACAACCCCCGGAGUUAUUCGGGGGUCAUACCAGCCCCUGCAGGACUUCACCUAUCGGUGAAUUACACCCACAACCUCGACCUUGAUGAGUCGUCGUACAUAGCCGAGCGCGCCAGGGCAAUGAAGCCUCGGCUGAGGCGGCUGAACUCUCUGGAUGACGUGAUGGCCACAACGAGCCCCCUGGGCAGCCCCCAGCACUCCAUCUACAGGGCGACGUCUGCCCCGGAUCUGUCGCAGAGCGCACAGGCUAGGCAUUUCCAUAGUCUCCUCAGGAGUGAUUCCAAGGCGUCCCUGGACAGCAUCUCGCCCCCGCCCGUAACGCCAGCCAGGGCCAACACUCCCACUGGGGCCAGACACUCUGCCGUUCUGGCCAAGCCCCAGAUUGUCGGCGGUUCUCUGGCCACAAAUUCGGCGGUGAAACGCACCUCGUCGAGGUCUCUGUCUUCUUCCAGGGGAGCUAACUUCAAAGGCUCCAAGGAACCGAAAAAGACCAGAGCCAUGUCUGAGGGCUCUCGCAAUGCGCUUCUCCAGCCUCCUCCCUGGGGGGCUUUGCCCCCGGAUUACAGAGAUCUCGACAUCCCCACGGCGCCUCCUCCCUCCGCCAUCGGGGACACCCACAGGAAAAAUGGCAAGAUCCAUCUGGAGCCUCUGGCGGUCAGGAAGACGACCUGCUGAAGGAUUUGACUGAACUAUGGGCGACGUAGGAAUGAUUCACUGCGUCAAUUAUUACCCUCCUUCGCUCCAUGCUCUUUCAAUCAGUAAUUCUCCUUCUUCGCCUUUCCCACCGUUAUCCAUACAUUAAGGGGUCGGUUGCCUGAUGCGCCAUCUCCUCCACUGCCUUCUAUCAACGGCAUCAUGAUCCUCCACCAAACCUCUUCUCUCCAUAUCUUCCUCCACUUUAUAUCGCCAUCUAAUUCUCUGUCUCCUUCUCGAUCUUCUUCCUUUAACAGGUUCCUCCCAAGCCCUCUUCACUCCCUCCUCGUCAUCCAUCCUCAAUACAUCCCCAUACCAUCUCCAUCGUGACUCUCUUAUCACCUCUGUAAUCUUUACUAAGCCUGCCCUUCUUAUUUUAUCAUUUUCCAAUCUCUCAAGCCACUCCUCAUUUUAAAUCAGCUUUUCCUUUAAAUGUUUUCCAUGAAAUCGUGCAGUGUGACCAUGCUGACAGGAACCAAAGGUUAAAAGAAUCUGAAUGUAAUGGAGAUUUCAGACCGACAGAGAGAAAUUGAAAAAUGAAAUGGAAUGAGGAUAAGUGACAUAUUGUGAUACCUUUACUACUUCCUUUCCUGUUGAAUGGGAAAAUGAAAAGACUAGAUAAACCUUGAUUACCUAACUGAAAAUGGAACUAGAACAUCUGGAGAGGUUGGACACAGAUCAGGUGUUGGUGUAUGGCCUCUAGGACCACUUAUGCUCAGAAUCUGUAUGGAAAAAGAUUAUCUUUCCCAGUCAGUCUGCUCUGAAAUCGGCGAGUCUGUUGUGUUAAGAAGGGGAGAACAGCAUCCAUGCCACAGUCUGUAGGUACAGAUUUAGCAUGCUGUACUAAAAUCUCAUUUGUCUUCUGUGAAGAUACAAUUCAUGUUCAUUACAUUUCAGUCUUUAACAUUGUAUACUUAUGGAUGUGUAUGUACCAAACUUUCUGAGGUAAUAAAUGUAUUCGUGGUUGCAAAA